GAAUACUACACGCUAAACCACACCUGAAGGGAGCUGAAACAGGGACAGGUUGCGCGCCAUGGCCGUGGACGCUGCAUCUAGUUUUAGCUUCUGUCGGCCAGCUGUGGAGUACAAGGCCCUGCCGGAGGACUUCAAGUAUCACCUCUCGCGCUGCACGGGGGGCAACUUGACCUGGCACGAGGGCCGGCACAAGUUAGCAGGGGGGCGCUCAGUCAAACUGCUGCAGCAGCCCGGAACCGAAAAACUGCAGCUCCGAACAGGAGAUACGUACUCUGUGUAUCACACCAGCCCCAUCCUCCCUAGUCUUUACCGACCUGUUGUGCUUUGGAGUCAACAAGAUGUGUGUCGCUGGCUGAAAAAACACUGCCCACACAACUACCUUACCUACGUGGAAGCCUUCUCCCACCACGCCAUCACAGGUCGUGCUCUGCUGCGUCUGAACGGGGAGAAGCUGGAGAGGAUGGGCCUGGUGCAGGAGACCCUGAGACAGGAGCUCCUCCAGCAGGUGCUGCAGCUUCAGGUGCAGGAGGAGGGACGCAACCUCCAGCUGCUCAGCCGGGGUUUGGUUGGAAACCUGUCGUAAUCCAUCCAUCCGUGGGACCUCUCACCGUGGCAGAGCAGAAGGGGAGAAGAUGAAAGUGAAAUAGGCAGAAGGAGGACACUACAAAGCAUCGGACCGUGGAGCUGUAACUUUGCGUGUGUAUGUGUG